AUGUCAGGACCAUCGGGAUCGGAGACGACGCCGAGUAAAGACCACGAAGCAAGGACGUCAAUCCAAGACAGGCUCGGAUCGCUCUUUGGAGGCAGCAAUCCAAACUCUGCUCGCUCCUCCCUUGACCGUUCACGGCCGCAGACACCAUUCACGGGAAAUAACUCACAGAGCAACUCGAAGAGCGCUGGGGAAGAAUCUACCAAUUCCGCCAGAACCAGUUUAGAGAUGCCUGUACGCGUGCCGACCGGAACGUCCACAUUGGCGGCAGUGAGCAGUAAAAGAACGUCAUGGACACCUCCUGUCGUCAAAUGGAUCACAGACGCUAUAUAUUCGGACACGUCUGCACCACCAAGUCGCAGCUCGCUCGAUUUGCGCGAAGGAAAUAGCAAUGGCUCCAGUCCUCACAGGCGCUCAGAAGAACUCGAACGAGACAAACAAGCCGUGAAUAAGCAUCCACAACCACAGCUAAGGGUAAACGGGAGCACGUCACAGAGCUCGUCUGGGCUGGAUGGUCAGACGAGCGCUGCUCUGCAGCAAGCCAUCUCGGAUGAAGUCUUCAAGAUACAGAGACCACCAGAAGCCCGAAUGGCGCCCGCGUUUGAAGGGCAAGGUCACGUUCAGCGGCAUAGCAUCGACGGGCGUCCAUUUCGUCAUCCAGUCUUGUUGGACAAUCUUGCAAGAGCGUCGAUGCCAACAUCCUCCAUCACACGUCCUCUACAGAUUCAGCCCUCUUCCUUGUCUUCCACAGGUCGGCCAGGCCAGCCAUCCUCGUCCGUCCUCACCCAACAACCUCACAUCUUCGCUUCCCCUACAAGCACCAUGUUUUCGGGCCCUGGAGCAUCUCUCACAAGGAAUGACACAAGGACAUCGAUUGACUCGCUUCGCUCAUUGACAACGAGGGACAGGGGCAUUCAGACGAGUGCCCCUACCAGCAUGGUACCCACGUCGAUGGGGAAAUGGUGGUUCCAAGAGGGCAACAAAGCAGCAGUAGACGAGCUUCUGGGCGAUGACGAUAAAGCAUCGACUGCCCAAAAAGAAGCAGACCACAUUCGUAAGAAAUAUCUUACACCGAGGCUACCUCUUGUAUUCUGUCAUGGACUAUUAGGAUUUGACUCUGUCUCUUUGGGAGCGUCCUUUGCGCCUUUACAAAUUACGCAUUGGAGGGGGAUCAAAGAGGUACUCGAGGAGAAUGGGAUCGAACUCCUCAUCACAAGAGUUCCUGCAACGUCAGGCGUUGAGGAGCGCGCCAAAGUUUUGGAAGCAAAGAUCACAGAAGUGUACCCUGGAAGAGAGGUUCAUCUAAUCGGACAUAGCAUGGGAGGGCUGGAUAUUCGUUGGCUAGCAUCCAAGAUUCGGCCAACGGCCUUUAAGAUUCGGUCUGUGACCACUAUUGGUACUCCUCACCGUGGUUCAUACUUUGCCGACUACUUUCUUGAGACACUUGGGAAAUCGCGAAUACCUUCUCUGGUCUCAUUCUUGGAGUAUUUACCAAACGGAGGAGGAGACGGCAAGGCCUUUGAAGGGCUGACGAGGGACGCUAUGAAAAGGUUUAACGAGGAUGUGCCCGACGUCGAGGGUAUAGCAUACUACAGCUGGGGUGCCUCGUGUCAGCCUGGCCUAGUCGACCCGUUUAGAUGGCCUCAUGGUGUGAUAUUAGAGAAAGAGGGACCGAAUGAUGGGCUGGUGUCCGUCUCUUCGGCGCAGUGGGGAAAGUACAUGGGCACUCUCGACGAAGUCAAUCAUUUGGAUCUUGUCGGCUGGAUCAAUGCGGCUCGGUACAAGUUUGCAGAAAUUGCAGGCAAGGCGAUCAAUUUCAAGCCGGCGAGUUUCUACCUCGAAAUUGCGGCCAAGCUAGCAGAGGAAGUCGAAGGACUAACAUGGGAUGACGAGAACAAUAGCGAGCACGAGGUCCUGUUUGAGAGCAGCAGCGGCAGCGAUGAUGAAGAGGACGGCAAGGCAAAGCGCCCUGCCGUCCACCGAAGCAAGUCUGGACGUAAACACUCGUCGACAAAAACUGCCGCGGGAGGACCCCCACCGCCUCCUGGCGUUGAGGGGGGAGUGGACUGA